AUGAGUGAUCCCGCGCGCCACCCGCCCGAGCGCAGCGGCUCCCCGGGCGAGCCUGCAACGCGGGCCCGGCGCACCAUCUCGCUGAACGUCGACUACAAUCUCAAGAAGCGCCGCAUCAUACCGUCCGAGGACGCGCGUCCGCGAAAGAACAGGCCCGUGGGCCGGCCGCCAGGCCGGCCACCGGGCCGCCCUGCGGGCUCCAAGACCGCGUCGUCCACACCGUCGUCCACGCCGUCGUCGUCGGCGGCGUCGUCGCUGUCGCCGCAGGACGAGAACCACCGCGCGCCGCAGAGCGUGAUCCAGCACGACGCGACGGGCGCAGUGCAGUUUCACGAGCCAGAGUCUGUGGACCCCGUCAACGGGAUGACGGGGCUGCCGCUCAGCGCUGGCCCGCCUGAAAAGGUCAAGAAGGAAUCGCUCUGGAGCUACCGCAAGGGCGCGGGUGCCAGCGCCAGCGCCAGCACCAACGCGAGCGUGAACGCAGCUACCCCGGCACCGUCAGAGUCUUCCGCGUCUGUGUCCGCGCCCGCGUCCGCCUCGGCCUCCGCGGACGUCGAGACUCCGGCCUCCAGCGAAGACGCCUACCGCGCGCGCCUGCAGACCCAGGAGUCCGAGCAGCGCACGCGGCCCAGCUCGCUGCGCGCCAUCGCCACGCCCAAGGAUAUCUACCGCACCAAGCGGCAGUACCGCAAGCGCAGCGCGGAGCCCCGCGCGCGCCAUUUCCCCACGCACACCAAGAUCAAGGCCUCCACCACAAAGGAAAACAAGCUCUUUGGCCAGAACUCUAUCACCAACCAGAAGGCGCUCGCACCGCCGCUCGCAUCCUCCGCGGAGGCCGCGGUCGAAAACGACGACUUCUGCGCCAGCUGUCGCCAGCCGGGCAUCUUCCUCUGCUGCGACACGUGUCCAAAGUCCUUCCACUUUGCCUGCUGCAACCCGCCGCUUGACCCCGACAACCUGCCCGAGGGCGACUGGUCCUGCGCAGAGUGCCAGUUUAGAAUCAGGUGCCCCAACAAGGCCGCCGCGCAUCGCCUCGAAAAGGACUACCUCGCCCAGCUCGAGCGCUCCAAGGGCAUCACCCUCUUCGGCAAGCUCCUCUUCCGCCUCGAGUUCACCAACCCUAAGCAGUACCUGCCCCCGCAUCCGAUCCGCGACGCCUUCGCCGACGUCAGGACCGGCUCGCACGGCGAGUACGCCGACAACUCCAUGCGCGAGCCCCUCAAUGAAAAGCAGAUCUUUGGCUCUGGCUACGGCCAGAGUCUCACCAAAAUGGACCAGUACAACCCUGAGCUGCAUGUCGACCCGGAGUCCGGCGAGCUGCUCGUCUGCUUCAAGUGUCGCAAGUCCAAAAUGGGCACGCUGGACCAUCCCGAGGACGAGAGGCUCAUAACCAGGUGUGACUACUGCAACACGCCAUGGCACCUGGACUGCGUCCCGCACGUGCCGCGCGCCUCCUUCAAGAACCUCGGCAGCAAGUGGAUGUGCCCACUGCACGCGGACUCCUCGAUCCCCCACCAGGAAAGAAGGCUUGCGCGUCACCAGCGCCAUUUCACCCCGGCCAACCGCUACCGCGUCCCGAACGACGGCGACAUAGACGUUCAGCUCGACGAGAUCUCCGUACCGGUGUCCAAGGAUGCUCUAAAAGAAGACAAGAUUAACAAGGAGCUGGCCAUCCUUCAGCUGCCCGAAAGCUCAAUCAAGAUAGACUUUGUGGACAAGAUAUACCGCGCAAAGAGCGCUCUAAUGGAUAAACACUUCCGCCAGCAGCAGGCGCUGAUCGACAACACAAUGCACUCCAAACCCUCUCUACUGUCCGACGCCCGGCCCCUCCUAUACUUUUCCUUACAGGACAACAGCCAGCUGCGAAAGCUCUGGGACUUCAAAGAGCUCUGCCGCGUUGCCACCAAGGAACUAGAGGUGCCUGAAUUGGACAGCGCAGAAAUCAGCGAGCUACAAACCCUUCGAAAAUUACUGGAAUCAAAAUCGAAGGAGGAAGUAAUGGAAUUCCUGGGUAUAAAGCUGUGA